AUGUGUUCCCCUAUCUUCCCAUCAGACCUCAGCCAGCAGCCAUGGACACAGGCCUCUCUUUCCUCUGUGCUGCUUCCCCACCCUGCUUCCCAUUCUGGGCGACUCCUCCCAGCUGAGGAGUUGAUUAGAAGCAGCCUUGGAGUUGGCAGGAGCCUUAGAGACUGCCUGAGCCAGUCCAGGAAGCUGGCUGAGGAGCUUGGGAGCAAGAGACUAAAACCAGCCAAGUUUGGGACAGAAGGGAAGGAAAGGGUUGAGCAGUGAACAGAAAGACAAAGAACAGGCAGUUCCAAAGAGCCAAGAAUGCAAAUCAUUUGCAGACACCGCUGGCGAGAGCCUCCACCAAGGCUGCUGUGGGGGUGCCUGACGCUGUGGGCACAACCACUUCUACACGUCAUGGCAUAUGAGAAUAUAGGCCACUGGGAGAGACUCACAUCUGAGGUUUCUUCAAAAACACUGGAGCCCACAGUGAUCUCUCAUUCUUCCAUUUCUAUCACAUUUAGUCAUUACCCUCCAGCCACACCGGACUCCUUUCUUGUCCUGGAACCUAUCAAACUCUUUCCUGUCUCAAGCCUCCGCAGUCCUCUCUGCUUGAACUGUGGCUCCUGCAGAGAAAGCAUCACAAUCUCCGGGGAACUGAUUGGAAAUGCACAUUCUCCAGCCCUGCCCAGACCUCCUGAAUCAGAAACCCUGGGGUGGGCCAAGCAAGCCAUGCUUUCCGGGGCACAGGUGAUUCUGAUGUGUGCUGAAGUUUAAGAGCCACUGGCCGAGAACAUUCUUAGGUCUGCUCUUCUUUUGCCCGGCCCCUCCCUCAUAGAAGAAUUCCUUCUUAAUCCUCUCUGAAGAGUGGCUGCUGCCAAAAAACAUUUGUGAGAUGGCCUGGGUUUUCUUUGUUGAUUUAUCAUUUAGUUUGGAAGAAAUCAGAAGUCUCUUUAAGAAGCCAGUAUGAAACAUCCGCCCCAAUGGGAACAGUUCUGGAUGAAAUCGGAAGAUCUGGAGGCAGCGCAGUAACACACAUAGGUUUUCUGGCCAUACGGACAUUUCAGAGAAAACAAUGCACAGAGGCCUGGAGCAGGUGAACUGGCUUAAGUAGAGAGAAACUAAGUCAUUUGGGGAUAUUUAGCACCUAAUAUCAAGGCAGAAAUGUCAAAGACGUAAUUAACAGUUAUAUUCUAAUCUCAAUAGUAGCUAAGUACAAACUUAAACAUAAGCCCGUAUAUAACAAAAUAACCCCAGGAGAACCAAAGAAAAUCUAGAAAGUUGCUGCUAAAAACAGUUAUGUUAGUGAUAUCUAGGAAAGUCUUUUCUUUUUUUAACAUGUCAUUGUGGUUUACAAAUGAAAAUUGAGGCCAG